AAUCAUGAUUUCUUCUUUUGCAGUGAUGAGAAGUUGAGAGCGGCAUUUGCAUGUGGAAGACAAAUACAGAGUUUGCCCCAGAGACAUUUCUUAAAUCAAGUACUUGGAAAGGUUGAAACUCUCCCUGAUGGUUUAUGUAUGCCAAAUCAUCAUUAUAGCACUAAUUGUAAUGAUAAUGGCAUAAGCAAGGGAACAAAUAAGUUUCUGAAAACCAUACCAAGAUAUGUGAAGAUAGUGGAAGUUGGUCCAAGGGAUGGGUUACAAAAUGAGAAGGAGAAUGUACCUCCCUCCGUAAAGAUUGAGUUGACAAAGAUGCUCGUUUCUUCUAGGUUACCUGUUGUUGAGGCCACUAGCUUUGUUUCGCCAAAAUGGGUACCACAGCUAGCAGAUGCAAAGGAUGUACUCGAGGCAAUUCAGUGUGUUGAGGGAGCUAGGUUUCCUGUUUUAACCCCUAAUCUUAAAGGUUUUGAGGCAGCUGUUGCAGCUGGAGCUAAGGAAGUGGCCAUCUUUGCUGCAGCUUCCGAGUCUUUUUCGAAGUCAAACAUAAACUGUAGCAUUGAAGAUAGCCUUACUCAACAUCGUGAUGUUGCGCUUGCUGCUAAAAAGCUCUCAAUUCCUGUCCGUGGUUAUAUUUCUUGUGUUGUUGGGUGCCCAAUUGAAGGAGCAAUAGCUCCAUCAAAAGUAGCAUACGUGGCAAAAGAACUUUUUGAUAUGGGAUGCUUUGAAAUAUCCCUUGGUGAUACGAUUGGUGUUGGUACUCCAGGUACUGUUAUUCUAAUGCUUGAAGCUGUUAUUGAUGUUGUACCUUUGGAGAAGCUCGUUAUUCAUUUCCAUGACACUUAUGGGCAAGCUCUUUCAAAUAUUCUUGCAUCACUCCAAGUAAGCCAUCUUUUCAUGUUAAUCCAUAGAAACCCAAACCUGUUAUGACAGAUCAAUCACACUUCAUAUUUCAGGUGAUCAAGGCCGAAGUUAAACCAUCUAUUGUGCUUGUAUGCACACACUGGUUUUAAAAGUAAUUCGGGCCCACCUUUCAACAAGUUUACUAUAGGUUUCUCUGGCCAGACAUCAAUUUACUCUAG